UUUUUAUUUGCCAAGAAUGAAGGAUUUUUUGUGUCACUCUACUAUUGUAGUGUAUAUACUAUACAUACAGUUGCAAUAGGGUUCCUACGCAAGUAUGGAAAAGUAUGGAAUUUAAUUACAUAAAUUUCCAGUUCUGGAAAAGUAUGGAAAAUGGAAACUGUCGAAUAGAAGAAUAUUCUUGUUUCCAAGACUGUUAGAGUAAUUCAACCAAAAAUUAUAUCUUGAAAAAAUAUAGAUUGAUUUUUUUUUUUUUUUAUUAUUUUUAUUUAAGGCACUUAGAAACGUGACUAUGUUUGUGUGAGAGUUCAGUAUGGUCUAGGUGCAUACUGGAUUCUGAUUGGCUCAGAAAAUUCAAUCGCAGAAAAUUCAAUCGCUGAUAAUGUACACCCUUCGAAUGUCUCAAGUAGUUCCUGUCAAAAAAAUAAUUGUUCUACAUUAAUAUGCAGCACCAUUAGCCGUUAUCUUAUACAAGCAAACAUACCAACCUGACAAUCAGAUUUCUGAAAAGUAAAUGUAAAGUACUCAGGACAGAAAUUACUGAAUUUUAAACAAAUGUGAGUGAUUUAAUCAUUUACUUUUAUUUGGUGAUUACAACAUAGGGAUAGGGAUGCUACUGAGGGAUUGAUGGAAAACUGAAGAAACAGAAGCGGCACAAAGUUUACUCUAAGAAAUAAAUCCACUAACAAACGAGAAGGAUUAAAUCAAUUCUAAGAAAACAAAAUAGGUGACUAAAAUGCAAAGACACUAUUAGAAUUUUUUACUGAGAUGUCUGGAAAAAGUAUGGAAUUUUUAAAUUUCAAACAUGUAGGAGCCCUGUUGCAAGAACAGUUUUGCAUAUAAGUGGUAUUGAAAAUGGAUGGAUUGAUGUGGAUGGAUGGAUGGAUAAAUUGAUCAUAAAGUGUGAUCUGAGCUUCAUCUAAGUCACAACAAUAGACAAAAACAGUAAUCUUGAACUAAUACCAUACAAAUAGUUAUGGUUCCUGUAGUUGCAGUUCAACGAAACAUGCAACGAUCAGGAGGAAUAUUGGACCAUUCCUGUUUAGAAAACCUUCCGUUCAAUAAUCUUGGGAUGUCUGGUGUGCAUCUCUCGCUUGAGGUCAUGCCACAGCAUCUCAAUCGGGUUGAUGUCGGGACUCUAACUGAGACACUCCAGAUUAUUUUUUUAUGAAGCCGUUCUGUUGUUGAUUUACUUCUGUACUUUAGGUCGCUGUCCUGUUGUGUCACCUAUCCUUGGUUGAGCUUCAGUUGUUGGACAGAUGGUCUUAUGUUCUCCUGCAAAAUGUCUUAACAAACUUGGAAGUUAAUUUUUGAGUCAAUGAUAGCUAUCCGUCCAGGCCCUGAGGUAGACAAGCAAUCCCAAAUCAUCUCACGGUAGGGAUAAGGUUUUCAUGGUGGUGUGCUGUGCCCCCCCACACACACACACAUUCAGUAGCGUUGUGUGUUCUUUACAAACAACUUUACAAACAACUCAACUUUCAAAUGAUAAUAUGUAAUAAAUAAUAAUAUUGCGAUAUUGCAAGCAUUCUUGGGUUAGCAAACACCUUUAUUAUGUUGAACAAAAGUUGAAGAAAUAAUAUUCAUUGAAUUCUGAUUUCAAGACUAGUUAUCACACAGUUUGUUGUGUAUAUGUAAUAAUAUGAUGAGGCGAUGAAACAUUUGUGUUCAGUCACAACGGCCUUCUACGUUGCAUACUUUUUCCAACCUGCGUUGUUAAUGCUUAAAUGAUGUGUCCAAUAAAAACAUGAAAACGUGCAGUAAUUGUUUGUGCACUUGCACAAAGCCAUCUGGGAUUGACUCCAUCUCACUCGUGACCCAAGGAGAACAAGUGGUAUAGUAAAUUGAUGGAUGGCUAGUUUAACAAACUGUUUUUCUAUUGUUAAGACUUUGUUUGUGAAGGAAUCCAAGUAAUUUCAGGACGUCUUCAAGUAGUAGGCCUAUUGCAAAGACUAUGUAAACAUGUAAUGAAUAAUGUGGAAGAAAAGCAUUAAUUUCACCACAGAGAAUAUCACACAUUGUAGGAUACAUAAUCUGAAAAAAAUAAAAUAUAUAUAUAUAUAAAUGUCAGUAUUGUUAUGUACAUUUUAAACAGUUGUGGCAUUUGUAAUAAGUGAGCAAGUCAUUUUAGGUUGAAUAGCAACUAUUGAAAACCUCGGUGACGCGUAUGUCGUAAUAUUUCCCAUCAUGCUCCUCUGCAAUCCAAAAGGUAAAGCUGGGCGGGGUUAAAGGGACAUGGAAGCUGCCAGUCGCCGAGGCUCGCCGCUACUUUCGAACAAUAUUCACCACCGCGGUGUCGUUUCAGAUGCAAACAGCGAAAAUAAGUUUUAAAACAAAAAAUACAACAAAAAAAAUAUGACGAAUAUGAUGUCCGGUCUCGUAAAGGCUCGUCCUUCGACCAUGUGAGUUGUCAGCGGACAACUACUGGCCGUUAUCUAUUGUGGAGCGAUGACAGCGGCUCCAGGCACGCCACACGGGAUGAGAGACCGACUAUUGCAAGCCAUCGACGGCCACAGCAACGAGAUAUGCAACAUGGUGAUUGUUGUGGAGGUGAUCUCUUUUUUGGAGAAGUAUCCCAUCACCAAAGAGGCCCUGGAGGAAACUCGUCUCGGAAAACUCAUCAAUGAUGUCCGCAAGAAAACCAAGAACGAAGAUCUUGCAAAAAGGGCCAAAAGGCUUCUGCGGACAUGGCAGAAGUUGAUCAGUCCUGGGAGAAGUGGAGUGUUUUCCAAAAGCCACAAUGAGGCAUCAUGGUCUUCCAAUGCUUUAGUUCACCCUUGCAUUCCGAAAGAAGCGACUGCUCUAACUUCAGGUAGAGCAGGUCUGGAGUUAAAAAGCAGGAGUGACUUCAACAACUGCGCUUUACUUGAAGCGAACAAACCAAGCAACAGGAGGCACACUGAAGAAUUCCAGGAAGGACUGUCACCAGCCAAGAUAUCCAAACUUGCGUUUAAUGAUAGAAGCCAAAAGCAGCUGCCAAACAAAAGAGUUUACAGUAGUGCUGACAUUUCUUCAGAUUAUUUAUAUCCGACUGAAGAUGAGGACUUUUCUGACCUAAAGAACACUGACAAAUUGCUAAAUGUUAAAUCUGCAAAACCUCACCCAGGUGGCAGAGGGUUCAGCAUGAAUGUGACUGCUGCAAAGUUACAAAAAACAUCCUUUUUACAGCAGCAGCAAGCCAGGCAAACUUCCUCCGGGGGGCAGCAUCAACCUGGUAUCCUCCAAGAUAUGUUGCACGUUCCUGAGAGUGUGAGGCAGGGAUUUGCAGCUCCAGCACAGAAUAUUUGCACUUCUGGGUUGAGGCUUUCCCCUCAGAUGUUAAAUGACUGCAUUCAGGGUUCACAGUCUCCUGAUGUGGACUUUCAGAGUAGCUCUCACUGUAUGGAAGACAACAGUGCUUUUACUGAUGCAAGAAACAAGAGCUGCAGCUUUAGGUUUCAGGACUAUGUGAUGAAACCAGACAGACCGGUUCAAGAGGACAACAAUAAACCUGUAAGGUUCAAAGACGGGAGACUGACAUUUAACCCCGUAACAGGUCAAAUCCAACCCUCCUCCAAUAAAAAUCCUUCCCUGGCUGAGAAGGCAAAACUAGCACACAGAGUUGAGCCUCAGUGCACAGAGCAACCAAAGCAGAAUCCACCGGUUCCUCUCUGUCUAUUCCAACAGACUAACUGGAAAGAGCUGUCGAGGAACGAAAUCAUCCAGUCCUACUUUAGCCAGCAGAGUAGCAUGCUGUCGUCUUCGCGCGUCCACUCUCCCAGUACACAUCUUUUCAUGACAGAGUACUUGAAGAAAGAUGAACGACAAAGGGAAGAGGACAAGGAAACGCACAUGUUGGUAUCGGCGCUCCCAAGCAGUGACAUACCUGGACUGAGCAGAGAGGUCCACAGUAAAGAUUUGAGGAGAUUACACACAGAGCAAUGGCCAGGGGUUAACGGUUGCCAUGAUACACGGGGCGAAUGGUACAAGUGGACAGAGUGCAUCUCCUUAGAUCCACAUGAAGACGGGAGCAGGUUGAACAUUCUGCCGUAUGUCUGUUUGGAUUUGAACACCUAGUGCGUGUUAGGGAAAUUCUUAGUUGCCUUUGGUGCAGCAGUGGAAGAUUACGUUAAUGGUGCUGCAUGUUCAGAUAUGCAGAUUACAAGGUCUUAAUCUCUAUUUUUAUGAGGUCUCAAAUGAAAGUGGCAUACACGCAGACAGAGUUCUGACACCGAUUUUUAAAAUGUGAGCGACCCCACACGACAAACAAAAAAUGGACAACUGUUUGCUUCCUGCUCUUAUAGUGUGUGGUUUACUCGAUGACCAACACAACUCACCACAGACAUAACAUUUCCACUUGUAAUCUCCUUCCUCCUCCUCUGCAAACCAGAUGUCUGUCAUAGUAAGCAAGACUAACCUGUGAGAGGCAACAUGGUGCCACAGGGAAUUCUGAUUCCUGAAAAAUACAAAGAAGAAAAAGUAGCAGUAGACAAGGAAAUCGUAGAAGCUAGGCUAACUGUUCGUUUAUCUCGUAAACACAUUGCGGGGGAGGGGGGAGGGGCGUCGUCUGCUGUCUUGCUUAAUGUUCCACAACUUAACUGUUGUUUUGCAAUAUAGCAUCUCCAGUUAAACCACACACUAUUUUUUUUUUGCUUUCUCGUUUUGUGGGUUUCACUUUAUUUACCAAUCGAUCAGCACACAGCUUGCAUCUAUUCGACAAUUUUUUUCAUCUUCUUUUCUUCGCCUCUUUUUGAUGUAAUAUUUUUACACAGUGCCCCCUAGUGCUCUGACUGAGAUACCACAGUUGGAAAAAAUUGUACCUUUAUAUUAAGAUGACAAACUUGAGUUCAUCUUUUAAAAAAAAAGUCAUAUUUUUUAUCCUUACAAGAAAUGUAAAGUUUAAACUGAAAUCUAUUUAUAUUGGUUGAAAUUGCCUCACUAGAAAUGUUCGUAGACAAGAAAAUGGAGUUUCCUGCUAUAUGCACAAUGUGAAUUUAUUAAGAAAACUAUUGUUGGUUAUCUUAAAAGAGGAAACCAAUUGGUCGUUCAUUAUUAAGUGAAAUUCUCUUUUGUAUUUGUUAUUGCUCUUUAACCAAGCAAAAAUAUAUUUUAAAGGUUAAAACCUAUACUUGAUUAUUCCGAUAGGACUGUCAGUCGAAUACUCGCUUGAUAAUUGCAGCACUACUGGAUGAAAAUUCCUAUUUGUGACAGGUCUGUUUAAUGUCACUUCAGAAGUGAGGAAAAAGUAAGUCAGCAUUUUCAUGGAAUAACUGAAAACCUACUAUCAAUCGGUUUUGAAGGGGCAGUAAACUAAGCCCCACCGUUGAAGGUGCAAAGAUUUUGAUCCACCCCCUCGUUUUCUUGUAAAGGUUCAAUGCACUUAUUCAUCAAAUUUGUUUUGAUAUGGAUUUUAAAACAUUAAAUAUAUAAAUGCAGUAUACACUGCGAUUGGCUGGCAACCAGUUCAGGGUGUACCCCGCCUCCUGCCCGAUGAUAGCUGGGAUAGGCUCCAGCACGCCCGCCACCCUAGUGAGGAGAAGCGGCUCAGAAAAUGGAUGGAUGGAUGGAUGGACAGUAUGUAAUACAUAUUAAAUAUAAAUAUAUGUUAAAAUAUUUGUAUUUUGUUAGUAAAAUGACUCGACUCGAAACUCAAAGUAUAGGACUUGCGAUUUGACUCGGGGACUUGCAUGUCUCGACUUGACUUGGGACUUGCCUGUCUCGACUUGGGACUUGAGGGCAAAGACUUGAGACUUAUGACUUGCAAAGCAAUGGCUUGGUCCCACCUGGUUCUUUUUUUUACCUCAUUGAACAUUCUGCGUUGUGAUCUUCCAGUCAUUUUACAAGAUAGCCACUCCUUCGAAGAGAAGCAACAGUGCUGGACGUACUCCAUUUACAGAGAAUUUGUCUAACCUUGGACUGAUGAACAUCCAGACUUUUAGAGAUACUUUUGAAACUUGGCCAGCUUUAUACCAGUUUAUGUAUGAAGUCCUGACCUCAACCCAAUGCUGUGGCAUGACCUCAAGAACUAUUCCCAGCAAACAUCCCAAGAAUCCUCCUGAAACUGCAACAGUUUUGUAAAGAGAGAGGGUCCAAAAUUCAUCCUGAUCAUUGUACACGUCUGAUCUACAACUAUAGGAAACAUUUGCUUGAGGUUAUUGCUGCUAAAGGAGGCUCAACCCGUUAUUAAAUCCAAGGGUUCUCUUACUUUUUCUUCCCCGUCCUGUGAAUGUUUACGUCCUUGAGAUUUAGGUGAGGAUCAGACUCAAUUUUUUAACCAAUUCAUGCAGAAAUUUAAGAAAUUCCAAAGGGUUCAAAUACUUUUUUCCCCUCUUAACUGUACAUACAGUACAGGCUAGAUCAUGAUUCUAUAGGAUUGGUGAGAUAUUCUUUAUUCCCUCCAACUUCUAAUGAUCAUCUGAAGCGCUAAUAAGAUUCUAUCAGUAACACCAGUAGGACCCCCAAUGUAUGUGAUACGAAAUGAGUUAUUUGUGGCACUAUGAGAUUUUAAAUGGGCGUACACCAGUCAUUGGUUGGACUGUUUGCCUGCAAACUCGCUUCGCCAUGAUCUUCUUACCUCCCAUCUCCUCUAUUGCAAUAAUCUGAGGUUGACUUUGGACAGACUGAAAUGUAGACAUUAUUUAAUGUUACUAGACAGCAGUACACCUAUACAGUGUCUGUGCUGUGAAGAAAUUUAGUUUUUGUUUCCUUGUUUCUUUUUACAGCUUCUCUUUGAAUACUGCCUCAUGCUGAAACCCCCAAGGGGAUUACAGUACUGUACUUGCAAAUGAGUGAUAGUUGUGAAAGUGUCAUGAAAAUUACAGAUGUCACCUUGCAUAUAGGAGUGCAACAAAAGUUUGCUACACUGGAAAAUAUAAAGAUACUGUUACUGUACUGAUACUGUACAUGCACAGUAUUUAUUAACACUUUGUUCUGAAGUGUUUCUGUGACUAUAAACUAUACCUGCUAUUUCUCAGCCAUCUCUUCGAAGACUAAAAUGUGAGCCAUUCUGAUAAUGCAGUUUAAGUUCAUUUAUUGCCUUCGCCUUUCACUUGUAGAAUGCACAUUGAAAUGACGAAAUGCAUUAUGCUGUUUACUUGUAUGGACUCUCGAGUGGAAGUCAAAUGUAAAUUGACAUGCUGGAUAAAGUACUGUACUUUGUCAUUCCUAGAUAUUAUCUGCCUUCUUGAACUGUUUUGUCCUAAAAAAAAAUUUUUAAAAAAGGCGCCUUAGUAAAUGUACAGAAUGUUGCCUUUUGCAUUAUUUUGGUAUUUGCUGUUUACUACCACCAUGUUGAUAUGUGUUAAUAAAAAGUGAAGACCCA